AUGGAGAAGAAACUCGAUAACUAUGAUGCUGCCGAGGAUUGUGCAUUGGGCAGUGUCUUAAUGAAUGACAAGAAGCUCCUUCGCAAGAUUGACUACCACCUCUUGCCCAUCAUGUUCUUGACCUACUUCCUGCAAAUGAUUGACAAGAUUUCCAUCAAUUACGCAAAUGUGAUGGGGCUACAGGAUGACUUAGGAAUGACUGGAAACGACUUCUCAUGGCUCGCAACCGCAUUCUUUCUCGCCUAUGCAGUGGCGGAGAUUCCCCAGGGUGCCCUUCUGCAGAGAUUUCCCGUUACCAAGGUUCUUGGGGCCAAUGUCUUUUGCUGGGGCGUAAUCCUUUGUUGUUCGUCGGCUGCCUCUAAGUUUUCCCACAUGCUCGCGUUGAGAGUGCUCUUGGGGUUAAUGGAGGCUGUUAUUGCACCUUCCCUUACGAUGUACACCAGCAUGUGGUAUACCCGAGCAGAAUCGACACCACGUUACGGGUUCUGGUACUGCGGGCUAGGUGUCGGGCAAAUUGUCGGCGGUCUCAUUUCCUUCGCUGCUCAGCACGCCCCUCCCGCUAUGCCCUUCGGUGGCUGGCGCAUUAUGUUUGUAGCAAUUGGCGCUGUCAAUGUCCUGGUUUCCAUCCUUGUGAUUUUUCUACUUCCCAACAGCCCCGAGAACGCCAAGUUUCUCACCGAACCCGAGAAAGUACGGAUUGCGCAGCGUUUGACCAACGAUUCAGCUGGUGUUGGGCUCAAAGUCUUCCGGUGGCGGUCUGUUCUUGAAGCUUUUGGGGAUUUGCAGACGUGGAUGCUCGUUUUGCUCACAAUCUUCAUCACAAUUCCCAGCGGCGUUAUAACUACAUUCUCUGCUAUCCUCAUCAAAGGGUUUGGAUAUAGCUCCAGAGAAAGCGCUUUGCUAAAUAUGCCGUCAGGCAUUGUGAGUAUCGUGGCGACUAUGGUGUCAACGUACGCAAUCUCAAAAGGCUUCUCGAGAUGGCUGGCGAUCGACUUGCUGUUGCUUCCAACUCUGCUGGGAUCCUGUUUGAUGUCUUUCCUCCCAUCUGAGAACCAAGCCGGCUGUUUGGCUGGUAUUUAUCUUGUCAACACGACGGUUGCACCCCUGGCCCUUAUUUAUGCUUGGACAGGAGCGAACUACCGGGGCUUCACAAUGAAGGUCACUGGUGCUGGGAUUGUGUCUGCUGGCUUCAGCAUUGCGAAUAUCAUAGGUCCGCAGACUUUUCAAGCCAAAGAUGCGCCGCAUUACAUUCCGGCAAAGAUUACCAUUGUUGCAGUCAACGCUGCUGCGAUUGUGGUCUCCACAGCCCUGCGCAUUAUUUACGGGAGGCGCAACUCUGUCGCUGAUCGGCUUGGUGCACCGGCGCGUAGUCGGAUAGAAACACGGUUGGCCAACAAGGGAGCUGCUGGAGACGCACAAGAUGAUGAGAGUUUCCGCUAUGUGUAUUAA